AUGGCAAAAGGGUCUAAAAAAGGAAAUGGUGGGAAGAAGAAGAAUCAAAGUUCGAAAACUCAGAAGAAUAAGAGGAAACCUCAGAGUGGCGAUGCUAGGAAAAUGAAGAAUGUGAAUGAAAUAAAUGAUGUUGCGGCCCUCAGCUGGACAUCGGAGGAGGAAAAUGACCUUGAAUCUCAUAACUCGGUGGAUUUGGAGGCUUCAAAUAUGGAUAGAGCGAAUUUUGAAGCAGCAAGAGACCAUGUAGCAAGCUGGGUUACAUCGAUACGUACUCCGUUACGUCAAUCUGUUCCUCAACUGGUAAACCCAUCCCCGCAUCCAAUGCAACAGUUGCAGAGUAAUCCAGGUAAUACGAACUGGAGAACCUCUUUGUUUGAGAGUAUUCAGGAGGAAGGAAUUGAUUUAAGCAAUGCUGGUAAUGUGAACAAUGAUGUUGAGCAGAAUAUGAGGGUUGAGGAUGAUAACAGAUUUGCACCUAUUGCUGAGACACAUAAUGUUAAUCCAAAUGUUAUCAAAAUCACUGACGAAGAUGUUAAAUCAGAGAUUGAUUUCUGGAAUAGUGCUGUUGUUUGUUAUGUGUUAGGCAUUAAAUUGCCUUUCAGGAUUGUUGAAGGAUUUAUUCGUCGUAUAUGGGGUAAGUUUGGAGUUGAGAGGGUUGUCAUGAAGGUGAAUGGGGUUUUCAUAGUCCGAUUUAGAACAGGGGAGGGGAAACAAAAGGCGAUGGACGCAGGGCCGAUAUUGUAUGAUAAAAAACCUGUCAUUGUUAAGAACUGGUCACCGGAAUUAGAUUUGUCAAAGGACAUGGUUCAUGUGGUGCCUACCUGGAUACAACUUCAGGGGUUGAAUUUGAAGUAUUGGGGCCCUAGAGCUCUGAACAAGAUAGUUGGAGUGAUAGGGAAGCCCAUUAGAACGGAUAGAGCAACAGCUCAGAAAGACUCAAUAGAAUUUGCUAGAGUUCUUGUUGAGGUAAGAAUUGAUCAGGAUUUUCCCAAUGAAAUAAGGUUUGAAAAUGAGAAUGGAGUGGAAAUUGUUCAAGGAGUGAAGUAUGAAUGUAAACCAAUCUUCUGUAAAGAUUGUGGUGGUAUAGGCCAUACAUUGGAGGAAUGUAGGGCAAAGAAACAAGAAAUUCAGAGAAGAAUGAGUAAGCCAAAGCAGGUCUGGGUGAGAAAAGAAAGUGGAUUAGGAGCUGGUAAUAAUCAGCACCUUACUACUGAUGCAGGUAACCUGAAUGAGGAUAAUGACAAAGGAACCUCUGUGGUUCAAGGACAACUGGCUACUACAGCAACUAAUCAGCUGCACAAGGAGCAGGUACAGCCUGUGGUGCAGGAUAACAAUAAUGAAGAGGGAGGAUGUACUGCAGGUGAUGCAGGCAAGGAGUUGAAUUGGCUGUUUGGGUUCUUGGAAACUAGGGUGAAGGCUGUUAAUUUUGAUAAAGUCUUCCCUAAAAUCUGCAAAGAUUGGAGUAUUGUCACUAAUUAUAGUCAUCAUCUAGGUGGCAGAAUAUGGCUAGCUUGGAUUCCAAGCUUGUUUGUGGUUGAUAUCAGAUGCAUAGGUGAUCAGUAUGUGCAUUGUGAAGUGUUGCAUAGAGCUUCAGGGAGUUUUUUUUGGUUGACUAUUGUGUAUGGUUUAAAUGACAGAGCUGAAAGGAAAAGGCUAUGGAGUAAAUUAUGCCAAAUAAGUAGUAAUUUGCAGGGAGCAUGGAUUGUGAUGGGAGAUUACAACAAUGUCUUGAACCUGGAGGAUAGAAUUGGGUCUGCAGUUACAUUAGAUGAAGUAGGUGAGUUCAGACAAUGUGUUAGAGAUUGCAAGCUAAUGGAGAUGCAGAUGUCUGGCCCUUUCUUUACUUGGUCUAACAAGCAGGAAGGAGAACAUAGAGUGUUUUCAAAGAUAGACAGAGUGUUUGUCAAUGACAUAUGGAUGGACAAAUUUGUUAAUUGCUGUGCUGAAUUCUUGCCUGAGGGGAUUUCAGAUCAUUGCCCUUGUGUGCUUAAACUGGUGAAACAUGUGGUGACUAAGCCUAAGUCAUUUAGGUUUUACAAUAUGUGGAUGGAGGCUCCUGAGUUUAUGAAUAUGGUGACAGAAGUUUGGAACAGUCCUGUGAAUGGUGUAGCAAUGUAUCAGGUUGUGACUAAGCUUAAAAAGCUGAAGCCUGUGCUUAAAUUACUUAACAAGAGCAAAUUCUCAGACAUAGAGAACGAAGCUGCUGCUGCCCUGGUAAAACUUAUGGAGGUGCAACAGAAAAUCCAGAAUGAUCCGAGAAACAGUGAGUUACAUCGAGAAGAGGAGGAAAACAGAAUGAAGUAUGCAUUCUUAAAUAAGGCAAAAUUAAGUUUCCUGCAUCAAAAGGUGAAGAGUGAUUGGCUUAAGGGAGGGGAUGAUAACACUGCGUAUUUUCAUGCGUGUUUGAGAAAGAGAAGAAUUCAGAAUCAUAUUAGCAGGAUUCAAGAUAGUCAAGGGGUGUGGCAGGAAACUCCUGAGCAAAUAGAGGAGGCAUUUAUUGGUUACUAUAAGGUUUUGCUAGGCACUGAAGAAGGGAGAAGUAAAGGCGUGAGUAGAACAAUUGUGAAUGAAGGACCCUUGCUCACUCAUGAUCAAAAGAGUAGUCUGUGUUUGCCUUUUUCAGGAGAGGAUGUGAAGAAAGCUUUAUUUGACAUUGAAGACAAUAAAGCUGCUGGCCCUGAUGGAUUCUCAAGUGGUUUUUUUAAGAAGACCUGGGAGAUCACUGGUCCAGACAUCAUUAAGGCAGUGUUGGAUUUCUUUUCAACAGGAAAGCUUCUCAAACAGGUGAAUGCUACAAAUUUAUGCCUCAUUCCUAAAUGUGAACAAGCUGAAGAUGUUACUAAGUAUAGACCCAUUGCAUGCUGCAAUGUUCUAUACAAAAUUAUCUCUAAAUUGAUGUGUCAGAGACUAAAAGUAGUGCUCCCAUUCAUCAUUAAUCCUGUACAAAGUGCUUUUGUGGAGAGUCGAGUCAUAAUGCAUAACAUUUUCUUAUGUCAAGACUUGAUGAAACAAUAUAAGAGAAAGAAUGGCCCUGCAAGAUGUACCAUUAAGGUAGAUCUUAGAAAAGCGUAUGACUCACUGAAUUGGGAUUUCAUAAAGGAUCUUUUGGUUGCGCUGAAUUUCCCAGACAAAUUUCUUCAUUGGGUGAUGGUGUGUAUUACAACCCCUUGCUUUUCUCUGAGUUUUAAUGGAGUAAUGAGUGGUUUUUUUAAAGGAGAGAAGGGUAUACGUCAAGGUGAUCCUAUUUCUCCAUUACUAUUUGUCAUAGCAAUGGAAUACUUGUCUAGAAUUCUGAAAAGGAUGAGUAGGAAGGAUGGUUUUGAGUAUCAUAACAGAUGUGGUCCUCUCCAACUCACUCAUUUAGUGUUUGCUGACGACUUGAUGAUGUUCUGUAAAGGUCAAGUAAGCUCAGUAUUGUUAAUGUCUAGGGCUAUGAAAGCCUUUCAAGAUGCUUCUGGCUUGUCUGCAAGUAAAGAAAAAACUGCAGUUUACUUUGGAAAUGUGACUGAUGAAGUUCAGGCAAGAAUUGUUCAAGCCACUGGAUUCCAAAAGGGUACCUUCCCUUUUAGAUAUCUAGGUAUUCCCAUGACAUCUAAAAGAAUUACAAAGGCUGAUUGUGAUCUUUUGACUGAUAGAAUGCUGAAAAGAAUUUUGUGCUGGAGCUCGAGAAACUUGUCCUAUGCUGCAAGGAUAUGUAGAGCAUUUUUGUGGGAAGGGAAGGAUGUAUUGCAUAAAACUCCUCCGGUUGCUUGGGCUGACUUAUGUAAACCGAAGAAAAUUGGAGGUUUGGGCAUAAGGGAUUGCAUACAGUGGAAUGUAGCAGCUAUGGGGAAAUAUGUGUGGCAAGUUUCUGAGAAGGAAGACCUUUUGUGGAUAAAAUGGGUUCAUAGUGUGUACAUUAAACAAGCUGAUUGGUGGGAGUAUUCUGCUCCUACAACAGCUAGCUGGGGGUGGAAAGUCAUAUGCAAGGCAAAGGAAAAGUUCAAGCUAGCAUAUAACAACAACAAGUGGCUAGAUGAAGAUGGGGUGUACACUAUCAAAGAUGGGUACAAGUGGUUAAUGGGAGAUAUUCCUAAAGUCAGAUGGCACUACUGGGUCUGGAAUUCAUAUAACAUCCCUAAACAUUCAUUUAUAGGGUGGCUUGCUGCCCUAGGUAAACUGAAGACCAAAGACAAAUUGUUUCAAGUUGGGGUGUGUGCUGAUCAGGAUUGCUUACUGUGUAUCCAAGGUCAAGACUCAUGCUCUCAUCUCUUUUUCUACUGUCAGUACAGUAAGAAAGUAUGCACUCAGAUCUUGGAAUGGUUGGGUUUGGAAUCUCAUCAGCAGGAGAAUUUGUAUGUGAGAUGGAAAAAAUGGGGUAGGAAAUAUAAUAGCACAGUUAAAAAGAAGUUUUGUUAUGCUACUCUAGCUGCAACUGUGUAUUAUAUUUGGUAUGCUAGAAACACUGCGCACUGGAAGCAGAUGGUAAUACACCCUGAUCAGAUUGUCAGAAGUGUGAAGAAGGACGUCUAUAGCAGAGUUGCUCUUCUGCAAAAGGAUAACUGGAAGACUGCAGAUAAAGAAUGGGUUGAUGCUAGAAGUAAUUAG